CCCGAGGACGCCGCUGUGACCCCGGAAGCGAUCCUGGGAGAGCGGACGGCAAAAUGGCGGCGCGAGCAGCUAUCGGUGCUGUGUGUCAUCGCCUUUGGCAGGGUUCAGGGAAUUUUUCUGUAAACAAUUCUAAGAGCGGUACAGCCAGAAAUGGUGGCUUUCUUCUCAGUACCAAUAUGAAGUGGAUACAGUUUUCAAACCUGUAUGUUGAUAUUCCCAAGGAUUUGACCAAGCCUACGAUAACCAUUUCUGAUGAACCAGACACAUUAUAUAAGCGCCUGUCGGUUUUAGUAAAAGGCCAUGAUAAGGCUGUAUUGGACAGUUAUGAAUAUUUUGCUGUGCUUGCUGCUAAAGAACUUGGUAUCUCUAUCAAAGUACAUGAACCUCCAAGGAAAAUAGAGCGAUUUACUCUUCUCAAAUCCGUACAUAUUUUCAAGAAGCACAGAGUUCAGUAUGAAAUGAGAACACUUUACAGGUGUUUAGAGCUAGAACAUUUAACUGGAAGUACAGCAGAUGUCUACUUGGAAUAUAUUCAGCGAAACUUACCUGAAGGGGUUGCCAUGGAAGUCACAAAGACAAAAUUAGAACGGUUACCAGAACACAUCAAGGAGCCAAUCUGGGAAACUGUACCAGCAGAAAAAGAAGACAGCAAGUCGCAGAACCUCAGCUAGGCCACUUGCGCCUGGGUUUGAAAUGAGGACCGAGCAGGUGUAUGUGUUUAAAUGAGAUUGCUUGCAGCUAAGACAGUUUUGAGCCCACCUAACUGCUCUGCUGAGCCCAUAACUCUGAUCAGUGACGAGCAGGAUGUAUAACUUUAAUAGUAGAUUGGACUACAGUAGAAUAACUGUGUUAUCUAGGUUUUUAUACUUCUCAUUAUUUCAGAUCUUAUUUUAACAAAUGUGAACAACCUAUUUUGACUACAGUAAGUGAAAAGAAUCAAAUUUUUAUUAUCAGUUCAUUCAUCUGAAAGUGAGUGUUUAAUGUAUUCCUCACACACUUUUUUGUUGUUUAAGGUUCCUGGAAGGAAUCUUUGGUAUUUUUGGUCAGUUUACUGAGCAGUUAAACUUUUGUUAUCUACUUUAGUGACAGAUUAGUAUAUACUAAUUUAGGAGUGGUGACCUCCAAUUUUACCUCAUUUAAGCAUUAAAUUCUUAAAAGUGAGUAGACUUUGUGGCCGAAGAGGCACAUUUGUGACAUGCACUGAACUCUUCCUGUAGCCCAAACCCUUACAGGACUGCCUGUGAAAGAGCCACUGUAAUGGAAUUUGAGCUUCCAAGAAAUUAUUACUUACCGUUUCAUUCAUCCUGUGAUUCACUCAUUCAACAAACUUUUAUGUUGUGUGCUUUGCACCCAGCACAGUAGUAAAUAUCAAAAACUGAAUAGAAGUAAUGGCUUUUGAAAAUUGUGCAAGGCACAGAUAAGUAUAUUUCCUGAUUAUUUCUUCACUGAUAGCCAUUGCCUUUGAGUCAUAGCGACCCUAAAGGACAGGGUAGAACUGCCCUAUGGGGUUUCCAAAGAGCAGCUGAUAGAUUCAAACUGCUGACCCUUUGGUUAGCAGCUAGGCUCUUAACCACUGCGCCACCAGGGCUCUUCUUCACUGAUAGAAGCCCUUUUGGUUAAUGGUACUCUUUUUGCUUGCAGAUGUCUAUUCCUUGAAAUUAAAUUGUAGUUAGAGCACUGAAAGAAGCAAGACACAAAGUGCUGAAGCAGUCGGUAUAUCAACCCCCAGGGAGUGAUUCAGUUCCUUUUUAUAGCAGAAUCAGAUCUGGCUUUUUUGUGGUUUCCUUCACAUAUUUGGGAUAGUUAGGACUUCUCAGUUUUCCUCCUUUAGAUUGCCUCUUCUCUUCCCAACCUACUAUCAGGUAUCAGUGUUUUGAAUACAUACUGCUUAUGUAUGAGAUUUACAUUACUGUCAUUAACAUGAAAAGAGUUGUAGCCCUGUGUCGCAUGACCUCAUUCCACUCAUAACUCAGUUGUUGACUGUGUCAUUCACAAAGGCCCAAAGCAGAAAUCCCAAGGAUAAGCCUCAGGAUAAAAAACUAGUCAAUAAACAACAGUGGUAUAGUGGUUACUGUGUCUACCAAAGCAGCAAUUCAUGACACAUUUUUACUUUAAAAGAAAUAAUUCUUUAAAAAUAUAGACCCACACCUAAGCUGUUUUUGUGGGUUUUUACAGACAGCAUAAAUCGCUGUAUUAUAAGAGGAUGAUUGAUACAUACUAUGUUUUGUAGUAACUUCCAUGUGAGCGCCUUCAGAGGUGUGCAUUUACCUCCAGCUGUUUUUAGACUAAAAAUAAGAACCCAUAAACCAGAUUACUUAGCUGAGCACUUCAGAUUAUAUAUUAAAAUCUCGUUUUAAUACAAGUAUGCAAAUAAGCUGCUCGGUUCAAAAACAGUAGCAUUGUUUCCUUGACAGAAGUAUAGUCGUUUUUAAGCCUACUUCUUGAUAUAAGCAGAGGCGUUUCUUUAUUCGAUAGUCUGAGAAAGUGUUAAAAAAUAAUAUGAGUCUCAAUAAAAUGCAUAUUCUGAAAACUAGAAUUCAUGCCCAGGUCGGGGUGGAAGUAUGUUGAGAGAAGACUGGACCUGACUAGAAAGAACCAGAAAGCAGGUAGGAAGUGAGAUUAUUUUUUACUGAGGAGACACCCUCAGUUCAUUGCUCUCAUAUACCUAUUUGACAAAAGCUUUAAAGUCAAUGUAGGAAUUGUAAAAAGACUUCAAAGCAGCUUAAUUUCAUCCCUCAAUACCAAAGGACACCUUUAAGAAGUAAAAUAAUUGUCAAAUUAAGUGUUGUUUCAAGAUAUCAGUAUCCUAGUUGUCAUUCCCACAGCAAGUCAGUACAGUAUUGUUGAUUUGUCUGAUCUGAAGUAUAUUUUUAUAUUAAAUAAAAUAAUUUUACCAUCUUUUUAAAUGCCUAUGUCUUAACAAUACCAUUUGCCAUUUGUACAAUUGAUAUCCUCAUUAUUUCUCUUCAUUCAUGUUCUAUCCCUUCCUUUACAAGGUUGUUUAUAUGUAAUUGAAAUGGGUGUUUAAUACUUUAGAGUGAUUGGUAUGCUUUCAAAGAGAAUUACUUACAUAUUCCUUUGAUCAUUUAAACAUGUCACAGUAAACAUAUAAUUAUUUUAAACCAGUAGAUAGUUUUUUAAAUUUCUCUUGUCAGCAAGCAUUCUUUUUCUGCAUUAUAUCAUUGAAUUGUUUCUAGCUUUACUACAACAUUAAUGAGUAGCACAGUGGAGAAUGGAUUUUGGAGCCAGACAGCCAGAGUCAGAUAAGAGCUCAUACCCACUAACUGCCAUAAACUUGGGCAAGAUACGUAACCAUGUCAGGACCUCAGUUUACUCAGUAACAUGCGGAAAAUAAUUCCUACUUACUAAAGUUGGAGUAUUAAAUUAGAUAACCUAUAAAGCUCUCAGACACUUGAGUGCUGUAUUGUUUAAAAAACAGCUGGAAAGGACCUCCCCCCUAUCUCCAAGGUGGGGAUAAUACUUACCCUAGAAUAUGGUCAUGAGGUUUAAGUUAGAUAAGAAAACAUGUAACGUGCUUAUUAUGGUAGCCAUGCAUACAUUAGCUCUCCAUUAUGCUAAGCAUUUUACAUAAACAGUCUCAUUUACAGAUAUUUAAUCUUUAUAAACAAUGAAGUAGUUACUGUUAUUAUCUUCAUUUUAUAGAAGGGAAAACCAAGACUUAGAGAGUUAUGACUUGUCUACUUAACCACCCUUUUAGUUUACAGAUGAGGCU